AUGUUCCCGACAGGCGCAUCGAGGCCCAGACUAGACACCAACAAGGUUAAGGGUGCACGAGACGACCUAUCGAAGGUAGCGCUCCUGCAACAAUGGCGCGACCUUCUAGACGAGUGUUAUACCUACAGCUGUGCUGCAGACGUGGCCUACGAGAUCACGAACCCUGGGAUGGUCAGUCUACAGAGUGACGUAUUGCAAGGCACGAUUCAAGUUCUGGCUCACAUGAUCCCGGAGAGAUUGAGGGAGCAAAGCUUGACUGCCAUCAACAUGUUUUUUGUGACCAAGGCGGCGAGCCGGACCUCCGUGAAAGAUCCCAGCUUCAUACCACUCGACGCCCUGCCCUGGGCCAUGGCAGUAGAUGCACGAACGGCAGAUAGGAUACUCCUGAAGAGCGCGACGACGCUCUACUCCGACGGACGUUCCAAUUACAACGGUUCUCAGCAUCCUAGUAUCUCUCCUAGUUCGAGCGUGCAACGAUCUAGUGCCUCGAUGAAAGGAAACGCUGCGUCCGCAGUUACCGUCUCGAGCCCGACCUUGCAAGCGCAGCCACUGUUGGAACAGUUACAGAGCAGCGGGCCACUCUCGGCGAUCCUCGCUCAGCAGCACAGAGCAUGUUCUCCUGUCACUGCAGCAACCGAGUUGACGACUUGCACAUCUGACAAUGGCUCAUCGGCGCCGCCUCGUUGCGUGCAGUUCAGGUCCACUGCAGAAGAUAGUCGUUCUGCCAUGCAAUUGGCCGCGCACUCGUUAGCCCCGCCGAAGUCAAUCUUAAAGACACCCCUCGCCUGUCCCGUGAGGCAGACAUUGGCAACUGAAGAGCUGAACAUGGUGCUGCGCCAGAAGGAUGAGCUUCAGGACAAGCUCCAUGAUGCCCACAACGAGAUCGCGGCGAAAGAACAUGAGCUGGUUGUGGUGCGUCGCGAGCUCGGCGAAAGGGAGAGGCAGCUCCGCGAUACUGCUGAGAAGUUUGAUCAAGUCUCUGAGGCCUUGAAGCGCUCGGAUGACCGGUAUUACACGACGAAACACGACCUGGAAGGGAAGCUUAAGCGACAAGGGGAGGAACUAGAUGAACAGGGGCGUAAGUUGAAGAAGAUCAAGGAAUGCAUCGAUUAG